AAAAAUCUGUGCAGACAAAUCUUCCUGUUUUGCGCUGUUCUCUCUCAUCAUUCCCUACACAGAGGAGAGAGAGAAAUUACUAAUCCCCACUACUAAACUACUACGAGCUAGUAUAAUUCUAGAGAGAGAAAGUAAAAAAAAAAUGGCUAGAAGACCUGACGAAGAGUACGAUUACUUGUUCAAAGUAGUGUUGAUCGGUGAUUCCGGCGUCGGAAAAUCCAAUCUUCUCUCUCGAUUCACCAGAAAUGAGUUCUGUUUGGAGUCCAAAUCCACUAUCGGCGUUGAAUUCGCUACACGCACUCUCCAGGUUGAAGGAAGGACUGUUAAGGCACAAAUCUGGGAUACCGCAGGGCAGGAACGAUACAGAGCAAUUACCAGUGCCUAUUACAGAGGGGCACUUGGCGCCCUUUUGGUGUAUGAUGUGACCAAGCCAACAACAUUUGAAAAUGUGAGCAGGUGGUUAAAGGAACUUCGGGAUCAUGCUGAUUCCAACAUUGUUAUCAUGCUUAUAGGCAAUAAGACUGAUCUGAAGCAUCUCCGGGCUGUUGCCACUGAGGACGCACAAGGUUUUGCCGAAAAAGAAGGUCUUUCAUUUAUAGAAACUUCUGCUCUUGAAGCAACAAAUGUUGAAAAGGCUUUCCAGACAAUUCUUGCAGAAAUCUACAGGAUAAUUAGUAAAAAGUCACUUUCCUCAAAUGAGCCAGCAGCUACUACCAUCAAAGAGGGGCAGACUCUUGUUGUCGGAGCUCAGGAGUCUAACACAAAGAAACCUUGUUGCUCUUCGUCUUAGUGGAUACACCAUGUUGAUUCUUUUUGCUAUAUCUGUGUUUGGUCUUUCUGAUUCUAUUCUCGCUUUGAAACGUAUGUUUGUUGCUGUAAUCAUUGCAUGAUUUCUUUUCUUGAUGUGAUUAAAUGAGGUAUAUUAGAGUAUUUAUUGGAUACAAGUGUUUAAUUUAAGGGAUUACUACCCCAGGAUUUUGGUCA